UUUCCAUUUAUGUCAUGACGAAAAACGUUCACUAUACGAGUAAGCUGUUAUAAUUACAUUUGAAUUCAUUCUCUUACAUCGCCAAAUGUUUUGAACGACAGGACAAUAAGUUUGCGAGCAGUGAUCUUCAUUGGUCUGUUAGACAUAAUCAUCAUUAAAACGAAUCUGCAUGCCGUCUUAUCCGGAAGACGAUACCACUCCAGUUCACAAGAUGUAACUGCUACCUUCUCCGCCUAUUAUUACAAAGAGAAAGCUGAAAUUUACGAACUUUUGCAGCUAGACAUCCUAGAUGAGCGAUUCCAGACGUAUUAAGAUGUGUACAUCAGACGCUCACAUUUAUGAAACAUACAAGGAUGUAAUUGCAUGUACCUAAUCGAAGAAACAAUUUGCAUAAGACAAACAUGUUACCUUAAUUAUGAAAGAUGAAGAUAACGUUAAUGAUCCGCGUGUAUUAGCAGUUCUAGCAAUGAUAAACUUGAAUCCUCAUAUUUCGAGUAGAGAACUGCAACGUAAUUUAGAAAUUCCUUAUGUCACUGUGCGGAGGAUUUUACAAAGACAUAAAUUCCAUCCCUACCAUAUCACUUUAACCCAAGAUUAUGUUCUCUUCAGUGACGAAAACUCAUUUCAUAACAAUGGACAACUCAAUAGGCAUAAAUAUAUUUAUUGGUCCACAUACAAUCCUCACUGGACUCAACGUGUUGAUAAUCAACAUCGUUAGAGUUUAAAUACUUGGUGCGGAAUUGUAAAUGAAUAUUUGAUUGGUCUAUACAUUUUUGAUAACCG